CAGAGGAGGAGGACAGGAGGACACGAGAGGAGGGUGCUGGAAGGGGGGACAUUCAGUCAUUGUUACCAACUCGAGGAGCGGCGGAGACCCCGUUGUUGUUACACGUGAAUUUUCGGCACAACAUUCAGGCUGAAGAUCACAUCCACCGGUGGUGGUCAUCCAUAUUUUCUGUGAAGCAUUCAUCAGUGUUGGUGGAGGCAGGAGAGGGAGGAGUGCGAGCGGUCACAGCGCAGCAUCUUAAAGGACCACAGCAUCUCCCAGGCUAUGGAGGUCUCGUGAUGACACACUGCUGCCGCUGACCGGAAUCCCCCACGGCGAUGGAGGCAGCCAGCUUCGACCAUGGCCGUGUUGGAUUACGAUGCCCGACCCAGACCAUUUCUCUGUGAGUUGAAGAGGAGGAAGCGACUACCAGCCAGCCCUGGACACUCCUUAAGCCUUGUGAUCUCCCUUUCCUGGUGAAUGAGCCAGACGCUAACAGGGCUCAACCCCUCUUCCUAGCCAGCCGUCCUCCUCCUGCUGGGUCUUUUCUUCUCUCCUACUGUACCGACCAGUCAUGGAUCUCCUGUGGUUGCUGUCCCUGUCCAUGUUGACGGCGUGCGUCGCCAUCCCCAUGGAUGUGGCAGAGGGGAGCCACAGUCUGUUCACCUGCGAGCCCAUAACCCUGCGCAUGUGCCAGGGGUUGCCUUACAACUCCACGUACAUGCCCAACAUACUGAAUCAUUACGACCAGCAAACUGCCGCCCUCGCCAUGGAGCCGUUCCAUCCCAUGGUGAACCUGCAGUGCUCUCCGGAGCUCAGGAUGUUCCUGUGCGCGCUCUACGCCCCGGUGUGUACCGAGUACGGGCGGAUGACGCUGCCCUGCCGCCGCCUCUGUCUGCAGGCCAAGAGCGACUGCUACAAACUAAUGGACAUGUUUGGUGUCAGCUGGCCGCAGGAGAUGGACUGCGACAGAUUCCCAGACUGUGACGAGCCUUACCCCCGUCCCGUGGACCUCCUGUCCAGCUCAGACACAACCGAAUCGCCCGUUGCCGUCCAGCGGGACUACGGCUUCUGGUGUCCCAGAGAGCUCAAAAUCGACCCAGAGCUCAGCUACUCCUUCAUGGGGAUCCGCGACUGCUCUCCCCCCUGUCCCAACAUGUACUUCACGCGCGAGGAGCUGACGUUCGCACGCUACUUCAUCGGGGUGGUGUCCAUCGUCUGUCUGUCCGCCACCCUCUUCACCUUCCUGACCUUCCUCAUUGAUGUGUCACGAUUCCGCUACCCAGAGCGUCCAAUCAUAUUCUAUGCUGUGUGCUACAUGAUGGUGUCUCUAGUGUUCUUCCUGGGCUUUCUCUUGGAGGACAAAGUUUCCUGUAACUCAGCGAGUCCUGGGAGGUUUAGGGCUUCAACAGUGACCCAAGGCUCCCAUAAUAAGGCCUGCACCCUUCUCUUCAUGGUGCUGUAUUUCUUCACCAUGGCCGGCAGUGUCUGGUGGGUCAUUCUGACCAUCACCUGGUUCCUGGCUGCUGUUCCCAAGUGGGGCAGUGAGGCAAUAGAGAAGAAGGCCCUCCUCUUCCACGCCUGUGCCUGGGGCAUCCCCGGCGUCCUCACAGUUAGCCUGCUCGCCAUGAACAAGAUCGAGGGCGACAGUGUCAGUGGGGUUUGCUUUGUGGGGCUUUACAACCUGACGGCCCUGCGCUGGUUCCUGCUGGCCCCACUGGGGUUGGACGUAGUGGUCGGUGUGGCGCUGCUGCUGGCAGGCAUAGCAGCACUAAACCGAGUGCGCAUGGAGAUUCCGCUGGAGAAGGAGAACCAGGAGAAACUGGUGAAGUUCAUGAUCCGUAUCGGCGUGUUCUCUGUGCUCUACCUGGUCCCUCUGCUGGCCGUUCUGGCCUGCUACCUUUAUGAGAACAGCUACCGUGCCAUCUGGGAGACCACCUGGGUCCAGGAGAGGUGUCGAGACUAUCACAUCCCCUGCCCCUACCAGGUGGAGCGCACCAGUCGCCCUGACCUGGCUGUGUUCCUGGUUAAGUACGUGAUGAUGCUGAUCGUAGGAAUCCCCUCGGUGUUCUGGGUGGCCAGUAAGAAGACCUGCUUCGAGUGGGCCAGCUUCUUCCACGGCAAGAGACGCAAAGACAGGAUGGUCAACGAGAGCAGACAGGUGCUCCAGGAGCCCGACUUCGCCCAGCUGCUGCUCAGGGACCCCAACGCGCCCAUCGCGAGGAAGUCCCGGGGCACGUCCACCCAGGGGACCUCCACCCACGCCUCGUCCACCCACCUGGCCAUGCUGGACGAGCCGCCCAGCGGCAGCACCAGCCGGGCCGGCUCGGUCCGCAGCGCACGCUCCAAGAUGAGCAGCUACCACGGCAGCCUGCACCGCUCGCGGGACGGCAGGUACACGGCCUCCAGCUUCCGGGCCGUGGACGACCGGCUGCCCUACGGAAGCAUGUCCCGCCUCAACGACCAGUCCAGACACUGUAGCACCAAUCGCCUGGACAACCUAUCGCGGCACGGCUCCACUCAACGACUGGAGAGCCAAUCACGGCACAGCAGCGUCCGGGACCUCACCAGCACCACCCAAGCUGUCCUCGGUAUCCCCGGAAACGGGAUUCACCGAGUCCUGGAGGAGGACGGAGCUACAGCCUGAACAGGACGGCGGCCGGACGGGUAGAAGGGAAAGGAGGAAAGGCUCAUCUUUCUUUUCAUCGAACGUUGAAGAACGAUUGGGGGAGGGUUCACAGUAAGCCUGACACGGUGCCAUCUACUCCUGUUGAACUGAUGACGUUGGCUAGAUCCAGCCAGACUGACGGGACUGAGCGUGGAUUGAUGCCUUAAAAAUGUCCUCUUUACUCGACCCACUAGCUGAUCCCAAAAACUCAAGUUCUAAACGAUUGUUGUCCAGUUUACAAAAGUACGAGGGAUUUUGAGGUCCUGAUAACCAACCCUGGAACAACGACAAGGCUUCACUGCGCCAGUCCAAAACUAAAUGGGACCAACACUGACUGACUGCACUGGAUUGCUUUUUAUCUGUACUGUACUGGUUUGUAGAAAGAAGGACUGAAUGACAUUACUAGAGCCUUCUCUUCUAGUCUGUGCUUUCUUUUUUAUUUUAGCACCUCUUCAGCUACUGACGUCUCCAUUAUUUUUCAGUAUCAAAUACAAUUCUGGUAACUUGACCUGCUAAAAAACAAAUAUUUAUAAAGGCAUUUUUCACUCUCUUUACAAACGCUGCGUAGGAUUCGUGAACUUUACAAACCUCUUCUCAUUUUAAAAAGCGUUUGGUCAUACGGAGGUACCUCACCGCCUUGGUGUGAUGAUGUAUCUUAACGACAGAGGAAAAAUGUCUGUUUGCCAGAAUUCAAGGGCUCAUAUAUCGGGGGGGGGAGCUGAGCCCAAACUCCUGCCUUAUGACUGUUCAGACAGAACGCUAAGCAAAGUUUACAGGUGGCGUCAUUACUUUACAAAGUCAACGAAAAGACGCAAGUAAAAGGUUUCAAUUUGAGCGACAGAUGCGCGGUGUAGAGACGGGGCUGAACAGCUGAUGUGUCCGCUGCUAGCCAGCGUACAGCUAGCGCCCAGCUGGCAACCUUCUAGGUGAAUAGAGAAUAGCGCGCCCCUUGAAUUAGAGUAACAUUCGGAGUAGUCCAUCCUGUUUGAAAAUGUGCCCUUACUUGUAUCGCUACUGUAAAAUGUUAGACCAACAUUUCCUCAAGUGGCAAAACUUGUAUAGAUGUAAAAACUGAACUUUUGUUGUUGAUUUGUAAUAAAGUUUUGUUUUUUUUAAUGAA